GUGGACAAUGUACGUAAACAGUGCAACUCACAGAUCCAUCGCAUGGCUGAGGAGUUGUCGGCUCUACAACUGGAGUGUGCAGAUAAACAGUCUCAGAUGGAGAGGUCCAUGAGAGAGAUGAGGGCAGUGGAGGAGGAACUGGAGAAGGUGUAUAAGGAGGGUAGAGGAGAGCCAGAGUACAGGAAGAUGGAGGCCCUCCACCAGAGAUCUCUGAAUGCUGAGAGACUGAARGACGACAUGAACAUCACCCUGCAGAGCACACACAACAAGAUGAAGAAAAUGGAGAUGGACUACAGUGAGGAGUUGUCCCGGUGCCAGGAGGAGGUGCGGCGGCUGCAGGGGUCUCUGUCUGCAGCCAGGGAGGACUGCAGCGGSGUCAGCGAGGAGCGGCUCCAGCUGCAGCAGGAGAACAUGCAGCUCCGCAGGGAGAUGGAGGAGCUACGCAAGGCUAGCAUGAUGACCCAGAGGAGRGCUACACAGCAG